AGAGAGGAGAGAGAAACAGGCCUGCAGACAGAGGCCCAACUAUCUAACUGCAAACUUUCCUAAUACAUCAUAUUGAUCUCCUAAGGACAGCAUCUACUCCAGUCAACUAACAGAGGCUGAGAGAUGUCAGAAACUACGAACAGUGAGGGAAAUGCACUGAAGAAAGUGGUGAAGCUUCCACUGGUCAGCUCUGCUUUCCAGAUGGUCGGGGCCAUGUAUGUGGGGGUCAAGCGCCGUUACCCGCUGUUGGGUAUAGUAGGUGGUGUGACAGAGCUGAGCGUCCGCAGCAUUUCCUCAGCAGCCAGUCAGAGGACAGCUCCCCUUCUAGAACGUCUGGAGCCUGAAAUUGGAACCGUGAAUAGUUAUGCUCUUGUUGGUUUGGAGCAGCUGGAAAAAUCCUUUCCCAUCCUUCAUCAGUCAGCAGAGGAGGUGAUUGAGCGCCUGAAAGACACAUUCUUUCUGAGGCUGGAUGAUGUGCAGUCUCGUGUGAAUGUGGAGCUGGAUGGCAUGGUGGACAGGUGGGAAAAGGUGCUCAAAUUCACUUGGGAGGUGCUGGAAGCAGCUCAGGCUACAUCAGCAGGCCAAGCCCUCACAGCCGGCCUGGAUGAGCUCCUCAGUCGCUCUGAGGAGGCUGUGGACUACUACCUACCACUGCCUCCAACCCUGCAGCGAGAAUGGGAAAUCAGAGUACAGAGCUAUGAGGAUGAGGAAGAUGAAGAAGACGACGAUGAUGACGACAGGGAGCCUCGGAUGUGGAUGCGUAUCCGCUGUCUGCUGUUAUGCCUGUACCUUCAGAUGUACCACAGGUUCCAGAAGCUGAAGGAGAGAGUGAACACUGUGUUGGAGUUUCUUGGAGAGGCUGCAGAGGUGGUGGGGCUGACCGGGCUGUUGGAGGGCGUGUGGUCGCUGCUGCAGCUGCUGCUGUCGCUGUACACGGCUCAGGUGCAGAGAGUGCAGGCCCUUCAGUCACUGAUCCUGGCUCAGUUCAGCGCAGGUGUGCAGGCCCUGAAGGAGUUUCCAACCGUCCAGCAGCUCCUGACCCUGCCUGAUCAGGUGCGCACUGUCAUGGAUGACCUGCUGGAGCUGGGCCAGAUUCUCAUCCAGCUCCUUAUCAACACAACACCACUGUAUGACCUGAUUCAGCAGUCUUCAGAUCAGAAUAUGCCAGAAUUCGAACUGCCGGAUGGUGCGUCCCCUCGUAGCUCUGGCAACAGCCUUUUUCUAAAGGCUAUGGAUGGUCGCCCACGUCGCCGCAGAAGCCUUUAUGCCCGUUAUGCCCGCCGUAGUUCUGCCAGUGGCUCUGCCAUGAUUCCAUCCCUUGCUCCAACUCCAUCACCAGCCGCAGCUUCCACCCCAGCUCCAACUCCGGUCCCAGCUAAAUCCAUUUCUCCAGUUUCAAAUCUAGAAUCAACCUCAGGUGAAGCCAUCAUACCAGAUCCAGCUAAAGACCUCAUCCCAGAUCCAGUUGAGACUCAAGAUGAGCUUCCAGACCCACAGCCAAAUGAGAUCCAAGAAGACCCAGAGCCAGAGCCUGAGCCAGAGCCAGAGCCAACUGAGGAUGAAGAAGACCUACAGCCGAAUGAGAAUGAAGAUGACCACCCAGAGCCAGAGACAACCGAGAACCAAGUCAAGACACCUGAUAGACGUAAGGGCAGUCUGAAGCAGGAUGGCCAGCGUUCAGGCUCUGUGGAGCUGGAUUCCCCAGUGCUGACCCCCUCUAACAUGAUCAGACGGCGCUCCUCUACCAGAGAGGUGCUCUUUUCUCCCAUAAUGCAGUUUGUCACUCAGAGCCAGAGAGCAUUUGAGUACCUGAGCUCCGGGUCCUACACUGAAGACCAGGUCAUUCCAGUGAUAGAAAACAGUGAGCAAUGAGAAAUACCAUUUUAUUCAGGCAUAACCAUAUGAAUAACCAUAGGCUGAAAUGUGUAAAGUUGAGGGUUUAGUGAUCGCAGAAAACUCAAGUGUAGAAAUCGAAGUCUGUCGAUUUUAAAUUGCUGCAGUUCAGGUAGCCUACUUAGGUCCCUGUUUUCAGGUAACAUUUCCUGGAUGUGUUUCAGGCUGCAGUGUAACGAGACUGACCCAGUAAUUGCACGAAGGUAUGAAGUAUAAAUGCAUUUAAUCAAUAUUGUAUACUAGGUUCCUCUAUAUGCAGUAACAUGUAUUUCCUGUUUUUAAUAGAAAUUAUUGUUGAGCGCUAAAACAAUUUAACCUGCUGCUUUUAAUAGAAUUCUCCUAUUGAUUGUUUUGUAACAUAUCCUUAAUAUCUACAUGUACACUAGAUUACAUAGAGAAACAUUAACCAAAUUAAACUUUAUAUAUAAAAAAACUGCUCCUAUUGAUUUACCUUACUGUAGGCUGAAGCCCCUACCCUACUUAACCCGUCCUCAUUCAUCUAAUUCUUGCCUUAUAUUUGUGCCAUUUAUUACACCCUAAGAAUUAAUCAUCAAAUGAUAUCAUUUGGAGCAGUGUAGUUGAUCCAAAGUUAUAAUAAUGGAAAAACAAAAGCCAGCAACCAUCAGUGGUUCCAGGGAGUUUAAGAGGUUAGAUAGAUGAGAACUGGAACCUCAGGGUGGGAGACUGGCCUAUCACAUAGAAUUACAUCAAACAUAUCCCUACAGGAGACAAAAUAAAGAAAAAAAAAUUGCCACGUGUGAACAUGCUCUUAGACAUGUAUAUUAGAUUUAGAACACAGUAGGAUGUUAGUUAAGUAAUUAAGUAAGUAGUUAACUUCAUCAACAAUUUCAUUGGCUAAUACAUUUUGUAUAGUCCAUAUUUAUAUUUUUAAAGGUUGACAUGGCAGAGGGCUUGGGCUUCAUUAAUGGUGAUGUGGAAGCUUUUUUAACAUUACCUGGCAAAUCAAAUUAGUUAAUUUUUGCUUUAACAUUUAUGGUGAGUAUGUUUUAAAAAAUAUGAACUCUGCUCUGAUUGGCUGACAGGACCUGCAUAGUGAGGCAUAGGGCCUGUAAUACAUUCAGUAUUAGAGUUUCCCAUCACUUUACUCUGGGACGUAGACCUAUGUUUUUGAUUAUAAUAAAUUUAUUUUAUAUAAACCUAUAUUGUCAUAAUCAGAAUAACAAAGAUACAAAUCACACUUUGAAAAGUAGCACACAUUAGAAUGCAAUAAUCACGCAGCACACGUGAGCUCCUCCACUGGAGCUCCAUUCUUAAUAAAAAGUGUUUUUAAAUAAUAGCCCUGUGCUUCUUCCGUGUUGCACUGUUUACUAACAUCAUUUUUUAACAGAUUUUGCUUAAAAUUGGGCUCGGGCUCAUAAUGACACACAGUUCACACAGUUGGCCAGCAUUAGUUUUUAGUCUUUUCGAAGUAACUAUUGUGCCUAGCUUUUUAAAGGAUUUUGCUAUUGGGCGGGAUGUAUGUACAUUUUGGGGCUUAAAUAAAAUAAGCCAGGACUGUUAGUUUUUUUUUUUUAAAUGGUCUAUUUAAAGCUCUGUUUAGGUUACCUAUGAUGAUUUUGCCUUUGGAAAGAGAGUGUUUGAUGUUUUAGGUUCACAAUACAUUACUUCCAUAUAUCAUGUAUCAUAAACUCUCAUUACUCAAAUAUGACAAGGUUCAUGCAGUUUUCUCUUCUAGGAACACACUAAGCAGAACUUGGCGAGCUCUGUCUGCCUUCUAUUUAUAAGCUGAUUAUAUUGUCUAGUAUAUAUCUCUGUUUUUUUUUAACUUGCCAGAGUGUUACAUAACACUUUUUAAAAUAUAUAUUUUUCAAAUACGUUUUUAAACAGAUUAUUAUACUUCACUGAAGAGAGAGACGUGAGGAAAUCAAGUUAAUGUUAAUUACAAAUUAAAUUGAUUUUUAACACUAAUCAUGUACAAGUGACCGGACUUGGCUGCACUAAUUCGCUCUCCCGCUGUAAUGAGAAGAUUAGAAGGUGUGCCAUCUAUUUUGUUUUCAUCACUUUGUUCACUCAUUCAGUUAUUAUUCAGAGCUUCAGCGUAUCUGCAGACCAGCCAAGUACUGGAUUGAACUAGAAUACCAGUCAAAAGUUUGGACACACCUUAAAUUCAGAGAUCUUCCAGUAUUUUAAAAUGUUCUGCAUUGUAUAUUAAUACUAAAGUCAUUCAAACUAUGAAGAAAAAUGUCGCUUAGAUGACUGCUUUGCAAAUCUUGGCUGAAUUUUCUCAGUCAGCUUUAUGAGGCUGAGUCACCUGGAAUGGCUUUCAGUUAACAGCUGUGCUGAACUUCUCAAGAGUUAGUUACUUGAAUUUCUUGUCUCUUAAUGUGUUUGAGAGUAUCAGUCGUAAAGUUGUGAAGAGGUAGAGUUGGUACACAGUGAAUAGCUCUAUUUAAGUAAUGUUUUAAUCCAUAUUAUGUCAAGACCUACUCAAUUAAGUAGAGAAAAAAAUGUAAGUAAUUUUACGGACUUUGAAUGUAUUCUCAACUGCAGUCGCAAAGACCAUCAAAAAUGUUAUGAUGAAACUGGCCAUCAUCAGGACCGCCCCAGGAAAGGAAAACUAAGAGUUACCUCUGUUUCACACGAUCAUCAGUGUUACCAGCCCUAGAAACCUAGAAAGUUAACAGUACCCCAGAUACGAGCUCAUCUAAAUGUUUAACACUUUGGAGUGUUCCUUCAUAGUCUGGAUGACUUAAGUAAUAAUUUACAAUAGAAAAAAGGCACACAUUGAA